GUUGUUUCUUUUAAUAUAUGGAGAAAAAGAAUUAUACACAGAAAUAAAUUUGGCGGGAUUUCAUCUCUUAUUCGUAUUUUGAUUGGAAUAAUUUUGUAUUAAAAAUUAUUUCUUAUACUCUAAAAUUUAUAUUAGUUAAUUAAGUAAUUGUUGCUGAGAAAAAAUGGAAACACCACAUCCUAGAAUGAGAUUGCGGUCGGCAGUAUCCCAAGAAGAAAAAGAACAAAAUAAUAAAAAAAAACUAAAAAUUUCAAAGGAUGUUCUACCUUUUAUCAAGUUUGAAGGAAAGAUUGUUUAUCGAACAGAUUUGAUUGGAUGUGCAAUGGCUUGUGAUGAGUUAUUGAAAAUAGCAGAUACUAGUAAAGAUGUAUUGGUCAUAGGUUUCGAUAUGGAAUGGCCAUUCAGUUUUCAAACAGGAGCGGGUAAAACAGCUUUAAUACAAAUAUCACCAAAUUUAGAUAUAACAUAUCUCUUACAUGUAAGUGAGUUGAAAAAUUUACCAGCAGGUUUAUGCGAAUUUUUGGCUCAUCCUAAUGUUCGGUUGACUGGUAACAAUAUUAAAAAUGACGUCAGGAAACUUUCAAGGGAUUUCAAAGUGAUAAAUGUUGAGAAAAUAAUUGAGAAUUGUAUAGAUGCUGGAGUUUUUGCCAAUGAAGUUUUGCCAACAAGUAGAAGAUGGAGUCUAGCAGCAUUAGUAGAACAUUUGUUGAACAUGAGAAUAAGUAAAGAUAAAAAAGUCAGAAUGAGUAAAUGGGCUAUAAUUCCAUUGAGUAAAGACCAGGAAACAUAUGCUGCUACAGAUACUUAUGCAUCUUUGAAAGUUUACCUCGAAAUUAAGAAACUACAAAAUGAUCCUUCAUUGAUUGAAAAAUUAGCUGUAAUUGUAUAGUUAUGCACAUUUAAUUAUUCACAAACAUUUUUUCAUUGACUACUUGUAAAUCUUGACUAAUAAUUUAUAAUUUUAAUAUUUUUCAUUGAAUUAUACUAUAAUUGACUUUUUUUGAGAUUGAAUUAUUAAAAUAA